GUGUCCCCUUUCAUUAGCAAUCAUGCCGUUCGUGGACAUUCAGUCGCGGCUUGGCGUCAGUCUGGACAACUGGAUGCUGCUGCAGAGCGGAGUGCAGCCCAACAGGAGGGCGGCGCGCUGCCAUGCCUUUGAGAAGGAGUGGAUUGAAUGCGCCAACGGCAUCGGGCAGACCCGCGCCAAGAAGGAGUGCCAGCUGGAGUUUGAGGACUUCUAUGAGUGCAUGCACAGGCAGAAGACGCAAAAGAGGCUGUAUGAGAUCCGUCAGCAGCGCGAGAAGAUGAUUAAGGAGGGGACCUACACGCCGCCGCCCUGCCACACAGGCAAGGCAGAGUAAUCACCAAGAGGGAACACGAGCAGCUCUGUUCUUGUUUAUUGUAAAUCCUAUAUCACUAUUUCCUGUUCGUCUGUACAAAUUUGCAAAUAAAUGCUGUUAUCCAAUA